AAAUGUUUAGUCGAUUAUAAUUCAAAGGCAACAAAAAAACUUUUGUCAAUCAUUUCAUAAAUUUGAUUGAAGUAAACGUUACAAACAGUUUGCUAUGAAUUAAUGAAUUCAAAUCAAUGUCAUUACAAUUCAUGCCUAAAUAACCAAUACAUUAUCUUUUGAAGAAAAGCUCAAAUAUGGGGAAAAAUGUGGAUUCAGUGAAUUUUGGUGCUUAUCUCAAGACAUUAUUUACUAAUAAUGAAGUUCAGAGACGACAAGAAUACAAAAAUUUUAUUCAACAGAAACUAUUGUCAUCGGAGGAGAAGAUAAAAAGAGCCGAAGAAUUGAGGACACAAUUGUUGGAAAGGAAAGUGACUGAAACUAAGGCCAAGAAUAUUGAGAGACGUGAAAAAGCAGCCAAAAGACGAUUACUAAUUGAAAGAGAAAAACGACGAACCGAUCGGCUAUUGGAGAAACAAAAGACUUUAAGAGAGAUAUCGCUAAUAAAAAAUAGACGCGAAUUGAUGGCUAAGAAACAGGAAGAGACUAUCAGAAAGGCUAAUGAAUUGGAGAGACGAAAACAAUUGUUUGUAUUGAAGGAAGCGGUCAAAAGUUUUACAAAACUCGUGGCUGAAGACCAGAGAAGACAACAACGACAGAGAUAUCGAGAGUGGGCUACUAUUUCAGCAAAUUUAAUAAUUAAUAAAAAAACUAAAUCUGAAAAAGAGUUUCCUAUUAUUAUUAACACAAAUGAUGGUCAAGUAUUUUCACACAAUAAUAAUAGCAAUAAUUACAAUAUCACAGAUUUAAGAUCAGAUCAAGAGGCCGAUGAUGAAGAUUGUCCACGAAAUCGUGUGCCAAAGUGGGCCAUUGGACAUACAUUUAUGCAAUCAGUUUACCUACAGUUUAAUAAACCAUUGAAUAAGAUGAACGAUGAAAUAUAUAUUAUCUUUGGAUCAAUCAAUAAAUUGUCCAUUAGUUUUGUGGCCAACAUUUCCUCAAAUGAUUUGUUUGCCGAUAAACAGCAAUUAUCUAAUAAAGACUUGUCACUCAUUAUAUCAAAUUAAUGACACAAAUUAAUUCAAAUUAAUACUUUCA